GAGGAGCGCGAGCAGACAGCCAGUUGGAGCGGAGAGGAUACCCACCUGUUGAACGCAGCGCUCUGCUUUUUAAACACACUUUUAAUUCACUCGUUUCCCCUCCGAGAGUCUCCGAGCCCUCAGGAUGACGGACACUCUUUUACCAAACGGCAUCAAAGAAGGCGGAGGAGACGGCACUUAUUUCAGAAAGGGUUGUAACCCGUUCGCCCAGACCGGACGAAGCAAACUGCAGAAUCAGCGAGCCACUCUGAACCAGCAGAUCAUCAAACAGAUGAGGAUGAGGGCUGGAGCUGAGAACCUGCUGAAGGCUACGUCCAAUAACAAGGUGAAAGAGAUGGUUCUGUUGGAGUUGAGCUAUGUUAACUCCAACCUGCAGCUGCUGAUGGGCGAGCUGGAGGGACUCAACAGCUCAGUGGAGGUCUACCAGAACACCCAGGAAACUACCAACAUCCCCCUCAUUGCUCUGGGUCUGAAGGAGACAAAAGACAUUGAUUUCUCCACUCUGUUCAAGGACUUCAUCUUGGAGCACUACAGUGAAGACGGGAACAGUUUUGAAGAUGAGAUUGCUGACCUGAUGGACCUGCGACAGGCUUGCAGGACGCCAAGUCGAGACGAGGCCGGGGUGGAACUGCUGGCCAAAUACUCCAGCCAUCUUCCUCUGAUGGAGAACCGAUUCUUCUCCCCAAACCGCCAGACUGGCAUCUUCUUCACCUGGUACGACUCGUUCACAGGAGUGCCGGUGUGCCAACAGAACCUGUCCCUGGAGAAGGCCAGCAUCCUCUUCAACAUGGCCGCCCUUUACUCUCAAAUCGGUACCCGUAGUAACCGACAGACGAUAGCCGGCCUGGAGGAGGCCAUCUCUGCCUUCCAGAAAAGUGCAGGUAUCCUGAACCACCUGAAGGAGACCUUCACCCACACUCCCAGCUACGACAUGAGCCCAGCCAUGCUCAGUAUGUUGAUCCGGAUGACGCUCGCUCAGGCUCAGGAGUGCCUGUUUGAGAAGACUGCACUGCCUGGUAUCCGAAACCAGUUCCAUUGCCUCAUGAAAAUGGCCCAGGAGGCUGCAAAGGUCUCAGAAAUCUACGACCUAGUCCACCAGUCUAUGAUCCAGACACCAAUCAAAGACAAUGUCCCGUUCUUCUGGUCCACCACGACGCAAGUCAAAACCAACCACUACCGCUCCAUGGCACACUUCUUUGUAGCCUCAGCGCUCUUGGACCACCAGUUGGGUCUCAGUGACGAUGAGGACCAGCAAGAGAAGACGCUGUCCCAGGUCUACGAUCGCCUCCCAGAGGGACGCUCUCCUCUUGACAUCCUGAAAAGAAGAGAUGAACGUGAACGCAUCGGUAAAGCGCACAUUCGCCGGGCCAUAACGGGUCACGAGGAGGCUCUAAGGAUCUAUAGUUUGUGCCAUCACUUGAACAAGCUGGAGGUCCUGGAGGACAUCUUGAGAGCCAGUCUCCAGCGCUCCCUCAACAAGUGCAGCGAAAAUGAAGACGAGGAGGAGUUCACUGACUACACGGAGGCCCCGGACAUCAUCUCUAAAACAGAGCACAAAGCAGAGAUGGAGGUUCCCGCAACGACAAAGGUGAAAGUCACAGACUUCUUCCAGAGGCUGGGCCCUCUGUCGGUCUUCUCAGCCAGGCAGCGGUGGACAGCCCCACGGACUAUAAAACUCCCAGAAGACAGAGACCUGGGCUUCACCCUGAAAGGAGAAUCACCAGUCCAGGUGGUUUCGUUGGACCGCCUCUGCUCCGCUGCUGCCGAUGGUCUGAAAGAGGGUGACUACAUUGUUGCCGUGGGCGACAUUGAUUGCAAAUGGAUGAGCGUGAGCGAUGUGAUGCGGCUGCUGAAGGAUGUGAACGAGGAGGGGAUUGACAUCCAGGUGGUCAGCAUUAUGGACAGCAACCCUCCAAUGCCAACCAAGAGUGCCACCUUCUGCGGAAACCUGCCUAAGACCUACUCCAUGAUUUGUCUGGCCUACGACGACGACGACAAAAACCCCAAGUCCCGCAAAGUCACCAAGAAGUCAUCGUUCCUCAACUUCGCUCUGAAGAACCGGCUGAAGAGCGCCAGCACCCUCAGCCUCCCCACAGCGGAUCACUCCGGUUCCCUUCCCUGGAAUAAGCCCUGUCCCUCGUUCCCCAGCUCCAGCUCCUACAACAACGACAGUGCCCUCUACUGAGCUGGCUGCAGACGUUUUGCAGUCUGCAAGCUUUGUGCAGUAUGCAUAUUAGUCCAAGUAUGGCUGCAUUCAGUGCUGUGUUGUACCCAUACUGAACCUGCUAUGCUACGGUAUCAGUUCCCUUCGGUGUUUCCACUGAAAUACUGAGCAGCAGUCUAUGUAGCUUGUAUGUCACCAGUGCAUUGAGGACAUUUCUGCCAGCUACCUCGGAACGUGGCUGUGCCAAAUACUGUAACAUAGGAGCCUGAAGUAAACUGGGCUGCACAACAAAGAUAGUGGGAAAUCAUUCUGUUCUGCGCCAGUAUGUGUACAGCACAGUACAACUGCACAGUGGGAAAAGCAUGCCAGUUAUCAUUCCAGUCUCUCUCUCUCUCUCUCUCUCUCUCUCUCUCUCUCUAUGUAUAUAAAUAUAAUAUAUGUGUGUAUAUACAUACAUACAUACAUUCACACAGCACUGAGACAGGCCUCUACGUUACACUGUCAACUCAGUAUGUUUUCUUGAAGAAGCGCUCUGGAUGAAUUGAGGGACGCAGAAGCGAAGUUGUACAAACAGACCCGGCGUCGGCUCCAACUGGGCGGCAAGGGGGUAAUUUUAUUGUGGCUUAAGCCGUCCCUUGUUACUUCCAUUAUGUACCGACGGAGCUGUGCACUGUACAGUUAUGUCCUCUGUGUCCUCAAUACAGGGCGUGUUUCAAGCGGUAUAUGUGAAGGAUUAGGUCAUUGACACAAUAUUUGUUGUAAACCGGUGGAGACUGAUUGGUUUUUGGGGUUUGAAAUGCAUACAUUUUCUAAACAGAUAUGUAGGUAUUUUAACCUUAAUGCUGAAUGUUAAGCCAGUGAUUGAAGGGAGAUACAAAUUGUGCUGUGCAGAUGUUUUUUGUCCGGGUAGAGUUGAUGAAUGCAAAGUUCUAUAAGCUGCUAAAAAAAAAA